AUGGCUCCCCAACUCGAACCUUUUUUCAAACAGGUCGAUGACUUGUCCGGCGCAUUCAUCGAGCGCCUCCGCGCUGCCGUCGCCAUUCCGUCCGUCUCCGCAGAUGAAGAGCGUCGCCCGGAUGUUUUCAAGAUGGGUGCUUUCCUCGCUUCCGAGUUGGAAAGACUGGGUGCCGAAGUCCACCAGCGUCCCCUUGGCAAACAGCCUGGCAAAGAACACCUUGAGUUGCCCCCUGUCGUCAUUGCUCGCUACGGUAACGACCCAAACAAGCGGACGAUUCUAGUCUAUGGUCACUACGAUGUCCAGCCCGCUUUGAAGGAGGACGGCUGGGCAACUGAGCCGUUUGAGUUGACCGUUGACGAAAAGGAUAGAAUGUACGGACGAGGAAGCACAGACGACAAAGGCCCUGUUCUUGGCUGGCUCAAUGUCAUCGAGGCUCAUCAGAAGGCCGGCGUCGACUUUCCCGUGAAUCUCCUCUGCUGCUUUGAGGGUAUGGAGGAGUAUGGCUCGGAGGGUUUGGAGGACUUCAUUUAUGCUGAAAGCAAGAAAUUCUUCAAGGAUGCCGACGCAGUUUGCAUUUCAGACAACUACUGGCUCGGAACCGAGAAGCCUUGUCUCACCUAUGGCCUACGGGGCUGCAACUACUACGCGAUCACUGUUUCAGGACCAGGCCAGGAUCUUCACAGUGGAGUUUUUGGAGGUUCUGCUCACGAACCUAUGACUGACCUCGUCACCAUCUUCUCGAAACUAGUUGACUCUCAGGGUAACAUUCUGAUUCCCGGGCUGAUGGACCUUGUGGCUCCGGUCACUGAAGAAGAAUCGAAGCUGUACCCUACAAUUAGCUACUCGAUGGACAACCUUCACGAGUCUCUUGGAAGCGAGACUAGUAUUCACGCGACAAAAGAGAGAACGCUCAUGGCAAGGUGGCGUUAUCCAUCUCUCUCCAUUCACGGAGUCGAAGGCGCUUUCUCCGCCCCCGGUGCUAAGACAGUGAUUCCGGCUAAAGUUGUCGGCAAGUUCUCUAUCAGAACAGUACCCAACAUGGAGAGCGAGGAUGUUACAAGGCUUGUCAAGGAUUUUAUUAACAGCGAAGCCGCUAAGCUCAACUCCAAGAACAAGCUGGACGUGUCCCUGAUGCAUGAUGGAAAAUGGUGGGUCUCCAGCCCCAAGCACUGGAACUUUUCUGCCGCAAACAAGGCCGUCAAGCAAGUUUUCGGCGUAGACCCAGACAUGACCCGAGAGGGUGGCAGUAUCCCCAUUACGCUUACUUUUGAACAAGCCACGGGCAAGAAUGUCCUCUUGUUGCCAAUGGGAAGUUCCACUGACGCCGCCCAUUCCAUCAACGAAAAACUGGACAAGAGAAACUAUAUCGAGGGUACAAAGUUGCUGGGCGCUUAUUUGCACUAUGUUGCCGAAGAGCCCGUCAAUGCUUAG